GUCAGGUCUUCUUGUUUACCUCCUCAUCUAUCAGUUCGCAAACAAUGACCACCAUCACCUACCACAACGACCUUCUGUCCCCCUACCUCGCUCUUCCACAGGGCGAAAAAGUCCAGGCAGAAUACGUUUGGGUUGACGGCGAUGGCGGUCUUCGCUCAAAGACGACUACCGUUGCCGAGAAGGUCACCGAUAUCGGCCAACUUCGUAUCUGGGACUUCGAUGGCUCCUCCACAAACCAAGCCCCUGGGCAUGACUCAGACGUCUAUCUUCGUCCUGCCCGUAUCUUCAAGGAUCCCUUCCGUGGCGGUGACAACAUUCUCGUCCUUGCGGAAACCUACAACAACGACGGCACCCCUAACAGAACAAAUUACCGUUACCACGCUAACAAGUCCAUGGAGCUCGCAAAAGACGCCGUUCCUUGGUUCGGUCUUGAGCAGGAGUAUACCCUCUUGGACGUCGAUGGCACACCUUUUGGUUGGCCAAAGGGUGGCUUCCCCGGCCCUCAGGGUCCUUACUACUGCGGUGCAGGUACCGGCAAGGUCUUUGCACGUGAUCUGAUUGAGGCCCACUACCGCGCAUGCCUCUAUGCUGGCAUCAACAUCAGCGGUAUCAACGCCGAGGUUAUGCCAUCGCAAUGGGAGUUCCAAGUUGGUCCCUGUGAAGGUAUCGAGAUGGGCGACCACUUGUGGAUGGCUCGCUACCUCUUGAUCCGCAUUGCUGAGCAGUGGGGUAUUAAAGUUUCUUUCCAUCCCAAGCCUCUACAGGGAGAAUGGAACGGUGCUGGAUGCCACACGAACUACAGCACAAAAGCGAUGCGAGAGCCCGGAGGCAUGAAAUACAUCGAAGAGGCCAUCGAGAAACUUUCCAAGAGGCACGCUGAGCACAUUGCCGUUUAUGGCGAGGACAACGAACUGCGUCUCACAGGUCGUCACGAGACUGGUCACAUUGGCUCUUUCAGUUCUGGUGUCGCCAAUCGAGGUGCCUCGAUUCGCGUUCCUCGACACGUAGCUGCUAAAGGCUAUGGAUACCUGGAGGACCGUCGCCCUGCCUCCAACAUCGACCCCUACCGCGUCACUGGAAUUAUUGUAGACACUACGAUUUUGGACAAGUGAGGGAUGUUUCGUAUAGAUGGCAUCCGUUGUAAAAAAAUACUCCUCGCGCGAAAAAUUCCUAGGAAUUAAUAAUCCAGUUAUACCACUCCUAUCUAUAGACCUGGGAAUGGAAUUUUGGGCUGGCUGUAAUUUAAGUCUACUUGUGAUCGACCAGUGCUGGCGUGAAACACUACUGAGACUCACGGGAUACUUGCGCCUGGCAAUAGCGAUGAACAUGGAUCCCACUGACAGGAAACUCAGCCUGCAUGCCUUCUUGAAGAUUUUUAAUUGCGAUGUUCGUGGCCCAGUAUCAGUAAUCUUGUGCUUUGCAGAUUCAAGAAAUUCAACACGCCGACGAGAUUGUCCCAGCUUGACGACACAAGGUUGAUUGUGUUGGGAGUGGAGGAUAGAGAGCUGCGUA